AUGGUCAAUACCCCCCUGAAAAUUGUACAAGCUUAUCAGACACGCUGGAUGUCUAUAGAAUCAGUUGUUUGUAGAAUACUUGAUCAGUGGUUGGAGUUGAAGACUCAUUUUAGUAUUGUACAAAAUGAAGAAAGAUGCUUUGCAGCUCAAACAUUGUACGGCAUGUAUCAAGAUGAACAAAACUGUGCCCUUCUCUGGUUUUUAAGGGACAUUCUUACGGAAGUUCAAAGAAUAAAUAAGUUAUUUGAGAGUAAUGAUGCUAAUCCUACAAAGUUGCAUUCCGAAUUGGUCUCUCUAAUUGAAACGUUGGUAUCCAAGAUUACUAUACCCCGAUUUAAUAAAAUAAAUAUUUUUAAAGAAAACAUUAAAAAUUAUCUAGAUAAGAGAUGCCAUCUAGGGUAUAAAUUUGAAAGUAUUUUACAGAAAUUAAAAGAUGACAAUCAUUUAAGAGAAGAAGAUGAAAACUAUCUGCGGGAAAGAGCAAUAAAUUUCGUUGGUAAACUUAUAGAAGAAUUAAAAAGCAGACUACCAGAAAACCUAGAAGUAAUGGAAAAGGUUUCCUACAUAAGUGUUGGGAACAGCUUUUCGCACAACAAACCCUCUCUUGUACCCCUCUUGCAAUUUUUUAAUAAACCUGAACAGGAUAUUGACCCAAUUGAAAAUUUAUCGAGAAUACAUUUAAUAGAAUGA